AUGUCGCUCCCUACGGCAUCCCCGGAAGGCCCCAAGUCCUCCUCCGCCCACGGAAAUUCUCCGACCGGCGCGCGAGCUGGCGUGUCCGCCACCGCCCCCCACCCUGGCCCGGAGGCUCCAAACGCACGAAGCUGUAUCACUUGUCGUCGUCGCAAAGUUCGGUGCAACAAGCGUUCGCCAUGCUCAAAUUGCGUCAGAGCCGGGGUCGACUGCGUGUUUCCCCCACCGGGCCGAGCCCCGCGCAAGUCGAAGCGUCCACCUGAUUCCGAGCUCUUAUCGCGCUUGCGACGUCUCGAGGGAGUGAUUGAGCAUCUCAACGGCGCGGGCGCGAAGAGCUCGGGAAGGACCGCAUCGAUCACGAGUCUGUCUCCGACUCAAAUUGCCGCAGAUCAAGCGCCGGUGUCCUUCGCCACGGCCCCGGCCCCGGCCACGCUUGUUUCAGCUUCAGCUCCAGCUCCAGCUCCAGCGCGGGCGUCCAUCUCGUCGGCUAUCACUGCCAGCCCGGAACCAACCACUGCCUCCAAUUCCGGGUGCCCGUUUGAGAAUGACCCAAAGGCGCCGGUGCCGAAGAACUUUGAGAAUGAAUUUGGAAGACUGGUGAUCGACGAAGGCAAGAGUCGAUAUGUGAGCAAUCGGCUGUGGGCCAGCUUGGGAGACGAGAUCGAAGAGCUGCAGGAUAUCUUAGAUCACUCAUCCUCCGAAGAAGAAGACUACCCAUCUCCUCAUUCCUCCCAUUCUGGCUCCCAUGAUGGCUUCUUAUUUGGUUACUACACCCUCUCACAUUCACUCCGGGAAUUUCACCCCCUCUUUCCCCGGGUCUCACUGUACUGGGAGGUAUACCGAGAAAAUGUGGCGCCUCUGGUCACGAUUGUGCACUUGGGGACGGCCAGGAACCUACUGAUCGAAGCCGCGCAAAAUCCAGACUCUCUGGACAAGAACAACGAAGCGCUCGUCUUCGCGAUAUACUUGUCCGCGAUCAUCAGCUUGACGGCGGAACAAUGUUUGUCUCGUUUUGGCGAAGAGCGUGCCACACUGAUCAAACAAUAUCGAUUCGCGGUAGAGCAAGCCUUGUCGCGAGCUGGAAUGCUCAACACCCAGAGCCUCGUUCUCAUCCAAGCUGCGGUUCUCUUCCUUAUCUGCAUUCGGCGGGAAGAUGACUCCAAGUUCGUUUGGUCCAUGACAGCAGUCAUCGUGCGACUGGCGCAAGGUCUGGGCCUACACCGCGAUGGAACCAACUUUGCAUUGAAGCCAUUUGAAACAGAGAUGCGACGACGUCUCUGGUGGCAUAUCUGUCUGUUAGAUGCUCGAUCGUCCGAUGAUCACGGAACAGAUUCGCAAAUUAACGAGUCCAUGUACGAUACCCGACUUCCGCUCAAUAUCAAUGACGACGAUAUCACUCCAGAGGCCACAGAGCCUCCAAAAGAACGCGAAGGUGUGACUGAUGUGACAUUUUGCCUCGUCCGCUGCGAAAUUGCUUGCGCAUUGCGCCGGGCUAACUACGGCUACCCUGACAAAGGGGCAAUCGGUCCUGUUGAUGGUGGCGCCGGAAUGCAACGCUGCGAGCGAAUGAUUCGGAUCAUCUCAGACCGCAUUGAGCAACGCUACGUCAAGCAUUGUGAUAUGAAAAUCCCCAUACAGUGGGCAAUAGCAACGGUAGCGCGCCUUGUUCUUGCGAAGCUGUGGCUGUCCAUCCAUCACCCGAUGACCAGUGGGAAACGCCGCGCGGCCAAUGUCUCCCAGGCGACCCGAGAAAGUCUCUUCUUGACUGCGAUUGAAGUCUUGGAAUUCGGUCGCUUGUUGGAGACCGAUCCCAGAACCGCUAAAUGGGGCUGGAUGUAUCGGACCAAUAUGCAAUGGUAUGGCAUCGCAUUCGUCCUCUCCGAGGUUUGCGUGCGGCCUAUCUGCCCGGUAACCGACCGAGCCUGGAAUGCCGUUCAAGGCAUAUACCUUGAAUGGUCACGUCAAGCGACGCAUAAGAAGGGGAUGCUCUGGCGUCCACUUGCUGCGUUGAUGAAACGAGCGACAGCAAUUCGAGCAAAACAGCAACACGAGCUGUUUGCCAAGUUCGGCCCACAACAACCACCGUUCUUUGCUGAUCCGAACGACUACCUGAGAAUGCAUCGUCAUAGUCUACCACAAAUUCACAUGCCCGAGUCCACAUCGGUACCGGCGUCAGUUCCUUCUUCCGACAGCCAGUCAGCCCUGAACGAAGCGGAUAUCAACGUUGAUCUAAGCCAGGGACCUUGGGAGACCCUGCAAAGUAUCUUUCCGGAUACCAACAUUCUGGCACCGGUGGACCUUGAGGAUCCGCUUCUGCGGGGGUCUUUUGCGGGCGUUGACGCACCGGCCAAUCUGUCCUUCACCACGCCCACAGUCAAUAACGGCAGCAGCAAUGAUGGCUUUAACACUGGCUAUAACAACACCAGUGGCAGUGGCAACGGCAACAGCAAUGGCAAGAAUGACCAUGAUCUCACAACCCAGAUCGAAAUACCCCCGACAACCAAUUCGAACUGGGAUGAGUGGGAUCAGGUCAUGCGCGACUUUCAGCUGGAUGUUGAAAACGAAGGUCUUGUUGACUUGGGCAAAGGAACCCACGUUUCGACAUGGUUUGCAUAA